AUGGCCCCGGCGGCAGCGCCUCCGCAUCGGGGGCGGCCCGCGGACCGAAACGGGCCGGGCCAGUGGCCUGACAGGCAGGGCGCGGGCCGCCUCGCCUCGCCGGCCGCCGCCGCCUCCUGCCCGGGCCGCGGCUACGGCCAAGGCGGCUCGGAGGCGGCGCCGGCGGGCGGGGGCUCCGGGGGAGGCUUCCUCGGCCCCGCGGCCUCGCCUAGUGCAGCGUCCGCAGAGGAAGCGCGGCGGCUCGUGAACCCGGACGGCCCCCAGCUGCGACCGAAGCGGCGGCCUCCUUUGCCGGCGGCGCUGGCCCGCUUCUCGGGCGGCUCCUCCUCCUUUGUCUGGGUUCGCAACCCGGCGGGGAUACAGCUAGCCUCUCCCCUGCUCGGACUCCCGCUACGGCCGCGGCAGGCAGAGAGCGGCGGCGGCAGCUUGUCUCAUAGCCUCAUCUCCGCCCUCACAACCGGCAACGCCGCCCUGCCCGGCCCACCCGAGUCACCUCCAGAGGGCCCUGGGGACAGACCGGGCGCGCGCGUCGGGCGAGAGAGCCACACUGGCGCGCACAGUGUUGGCCACCACCACCACCGCCGCCGCCGCCCCCCUUCAGCAGCCGCGCACAGCGCCCCAGGGCCGCCGCCAAGCUCCGGGUCCCAGCAAGCGCGGCUCGGCCAACCCCCUCCGCCCCGCGCUCAUUAUCCCGUGUAG